ACCAAACUCUGCCACCUUCUAUCCGCAUAUAGUCUUUGCUUCGGGCGUUCAGGUUAUUGCUGUUCAGCAUGCAAAUCUGGGUUAAAGUGGCUGUUCUUGGGCUCCUGGUAAUGGGCUCUUGGGCUCAGGGGGUGAUGCCCACUUUCAGCUUGCCUCCCUGUGAUUCCCCGGAGGCUGAAACGGCGGCUCUGGUGGCGCAGGAUUUCCUCAACGCUCAGCACACCCACGGUUACAAAUAUGCCCUGAAUCAGAUUGAGAAAAUCAAGAUCCUCUCCAAGCCAGGUCAGCCAGACACGUAUCUUCUGGAGUUGGAUUUGCUGGAAACUACAUGUCACGUCUUGGAUCCAACACCAGUGAGCCUGUGUCCAGUCAGACAAAAGCGAACUACGGCUGUUGAAGCAGAUUGUGAUUUUGCCCUGACAAAUACAACUCAAGGUCUGUCUGUUGUGGCAUUCAAGUGUAAAACCGAAACAGAAUCGGAGGAUGAAUGCCUAGGCUGCCCUAGCCUCGUUCCAUUUAAUGACACAGAUGGCCUCCAACUCAUUGAAAAGUCUUUAGAUAGUUUCAAUAAAAACAAUACGCUAAACAAGUUUGCACUCCUUGAAAUUGGACGAAUGGCAUCCCAGAUUGUCAGUGGUGGACCCAAAUACUUUGCAGAAUAUGCCAUAAUUGGGACUAACUGCACGAGUUAUGAUGAUGACAUAUGCAUCCCUCAGAAUCACACUGUUGCUAUUCAUGGCCUCUGUCGAGCUGAAGGUUCUGCCAAUCUGAAUGAUGUUGACUGCAAAAUCUUCAGCCCAACCCAAACUGUUGACCCCGCGAGCAAUGCCACAGUGCGAAUCCAACAACUUCUGCAUGCACACACCUUUGGACCCCAACAUCACCCGACCAUCCAUGACCUCAGCCAUCACAAGCUGACUGCACUUCAUGACCCUGCGAGAAGCGGCCUGCUCUCAGAAUCGGAUGAAUCAGCUGAGGUAGUGGUGGUUGUGCCACCAAAGGAAGCGCCGGUUGUAAAGAGGGAGGUUUCUGCACCAGAAGGGCCAGCAGUAGAUGCACCAGUAGUGCCAGAAUUAAAUGCAACAGUAAUGGCAGAAAAACCACUCAUUCUUUCAGAUCCAAUCCUCCUCGCUCCUAUCUGUCCAGGAAAAAAGAAACAUUUCUGACUUGUUCCUAUUUCAUGAACCAUCCUAUAUACAGUAGUCGUCAUUUGAAGUCGAUCAAAUCCUUUCAUUAAAGUUAUACAUGCAUUUUGAACAAUACUCAACUUUUUUGAUCCACUUCAAAUGUUGACUACUGUAGAUAAGAUUAAGUCCUACUUGUUUUGGUCUCCUGACUUAUCCUGUUGAGUUUUGAGAUUGCCAUCAAACUUAUAACUGCAAUCAGUCAGGAUUAAAUGCUUUAUAACAAAACCGGUACAAUUCAAGGAUAUCCUUGUUAUUCUGUGGUGCUGAAAUAAAAUGUUUACCUUGACAAUAUGUCAUUAAAUAUCGAUGACCCAUAAGUGGGACAGA